AUAGAGAUGAUUUUUCAAAACGAAUAAUGAUCGUUCCUUUGAAUAUAUAUCACAAACAACCGAAUAAUUCAUUGUGUUUUCCUUAUAUAUUUCAUCUACCUUCGUACAAAUAGAUAUCAUUGAGCAUAAGCUUUUUCUCCCUUGAGAACUUUUACCUAUUGCUAGACUGAAAAUGAAGAUCUUUGAUGUGAGUUUCACCGGAGAGUUCAUCGUCAAAGCUUCCGGAGACCAACCGGAGAAAGUUAAUAGCCUUACUCUCUCAAAUCUCGACCUUCUUUCCGGCCGUUUUCCGGUGACAUACUUUUACUUCUACCCCAAGCAACCGAAUGUAUCCUUUGAAACAAUCUUCAAAUCCCUCCAAGCCUCUCUCUCGGAAACUCUCAACUACUUCCAUCCUUUCGCGGGUCAGAUUGUUACCAACGAAGCCUCUCAAGAGGAGCCUAUAAUCAUCUGCAACAACAAUGGAGCUUUGCUUGUCGAAGCCAGGGCCAGUGUUGAUCUCAAAAGUUUGGAUUUUUACAAUCUUGAUGCGCUUCUCCAGUCAAAGCUGGUACGGGUUAACCCGGAUUUCUCUUUACAGAUUCAAGCGACAGAGUUCGAAUGCGGAGGCCUCGCUAUAACAUUCACGUUCGAUCAUGCUUUAGGAGACGCGAGCUCCUUUGGGAAAUUCCUCACUUUGUGGUCAGAGAUAUCGAGAAACCAGCCAGUUUCUUGUGUACCAGAUCACCGGAGAAAUCUCCUCCGGGCACGGUCUCCUCCAUGUUAUGACCCUCACUUGGACAAAACAUUCAUAAAAUGCAGCGAGGAAGACAUUAAGAACAUAGCAAUGCCUAAAACGCUCAUCAAGCGUCUCAAUCACAUCGACGCUUCGAGCAUAGACAAGUUGCAAGUUCUAGCUACUGUUAACGGAGAGAGCAGGACAAAGAUUGAAGCUUUCUCCGCUUAUGUGUGGAAGAAAAUGGUGGAUUCUAUAGAGAGCGGUCAUAAAACCUGCAAGAUGGGAUGGCUUGUUGACGGUAGAGGAAGACGACCAGCUUUGGUUUUGUCUUCAGGAAGACGGUUCCCUGUGGCUGAAUUGGAUUUUGGAUUUGGUGCUCCUUUCCUAGGAACUGUAUGUUCAACGGUUGAGAAGAUAGGAGUUGGUUACCUGAACCAGCGACCUAGCGCCUGCAAUGAUGGCUCUUGGUCAGUUUCUGCUAUCGUCUGGCCUGAACUCGCUGAAGCUUUUGAGUCUGACUCAGUUUUUCAACCAAUGUCUGCGAAACAUCUUCAACUCCAGACCUGAAGAAAACCUCAGCUAACGACGAACAAAUAAAGCCAAAGAAAGUGCUUUCAACGUUUUCUUUAUUAUCUGUGAAAUUAAAGUUACAAUGGAUUAUGGUUACAAUGUGGCAAAACCAUGUAGGUGUUUUUCCUUUUCACAUUUUAUGCACUAUAUGUUACUUACUGCACAGGAAACGAAAACAAAAUCAGAGAGCUUUCGCCGGAUUUCAGAUA